AUGACUGUUGGGCACAGUACUCGGCCAGCUUUACAGAAUGGAAUUCACCUCGUCCAUAUCAGUUAUUCGUCGUCGAAUUUGUCAUCGCAGACACAGUUGGAUGGGGAAAGCCUGGACUUAGGGACAACUUAUACCGAAGCAUAUAGGUCGACCACCGCCGAUUCUAGUUCGCAUGGUGGUCUCUCGCGCUCCGACACUGGCACCUCUGCUAGCAGCCGUUCACUACGAGCGACUGAGCGCACCCGGCGUCGAUGGCGUCCGGUUCUUAUGAACUCCCAGAGGAUGUUGCAUUCGUUCCGGUCUGGACUAUCGGACCAGAUGGGAAAAGCAAGAGGUCGAUUGCGCUGGCGGAGAAUUCAAUCAGAUAGUCGACAAUCCGGGCUAGGCGACCACUUUCUGGCUCUCUUGAAAAGUCUUGGGGUCACAUCCUUCUAUAACACCUGCUGCAAGUUGCGUGGCGUUGAAGUCACGGAAAAGCCCAAGGUCUUCAUGUACAGGAGCAAGACGCUUGCAUCCAUCCGCUGUGUCCUGCACGUGGUUCCCGUUGGUGCCGCAUUUGCGCUUUUGAUGUUAAACUCGGCAGGUUACUACAUUGGGGGCGAACUGUCUGGUGCCUCCGGUCAGGAUACGGAGAAGCUGGCUGCGCUGACAUUCGCAGCCAAGCUUCAUGAACUUCUUAUGUUGGCUUCACUUGGGUCAAUACUGAUUACUUACAUCCGCAGAGAACUUGCGUUUGGUGAGGGCCUUCCAUUUGGCGCUAUUUUCACCUCAUUGCAGUUUCAGGAUAUCAGUUUCCUCUGGUCUCUCAGCAUGUGGGGCUCAAUCCAACAUGACUGGCAACGACGGAGUACCAAAUGGUUUAUCCUCUCGCUGAUGGUCAUCUGUACCCUUCUUGGUUUGACUGUGGGACCAUCUACAAGUAACUUGAUGAAACCUCGUCUUGGUGACUGGCCCGCGGGCGGCACGCCGUUCUGGAUCAAUUGCACCAAGGACGUACUUUUUCCUCGUACAGUCGAGAACUCCUCGUCGCUAUCGCAUUGUGCCCUUGACAAUAGCGAUCUCGCUUGUCCGGCUGGGAACUGGCAGAUCCUCAACCAGGACUAUUAUUCGUUCUUUCCAAGGCUCGUCGACGCCGGCAGUGUUCCUCAAAACAUCACCGUCUCGGGUGCAGCUUCAAUACGAACCUUUGGAAUGAGGUCUCGCAAUCUGUUUGGCAGCCACGAGAUGAUGUGGGGGAAUGCUUAUACCAUUGCAACUACUCCGCUCUCUGUGGUCGCUGAUAGCGUUGCGGAAUUGGGUAGGCUAUGGUCGUACGCUGCUGCCAAUAUUGACGUUGGCCGAUUCAAGUUCAGAAAUGAUGCGCUUUUUACGGUCAACUCGCUGCAGCCGGUGGUGCUCACAUUCUGCGGGCAAACUUUCUACGACUUUUCCAAUAAUUUAACUCUUUCCUUUCCCGCGUUGGGUACGGCGUCUCUCUCCGGCGGGCCGGGUACGGCGGACACAAGUCAGGCCUCAGUUAAAUUAUACGAUGGGUAUUCCAACGACGUUAUUCAGAAACAAGUGAAAUCACUCCUUCAGCAAAGAUCUUCUCCAUCCGUGCUUUGGGUUGAUGACCCAAAUCUGUUGCAACCUCUCGAUGCCACCUUGGCUGCGAUCCUUACGCUGCCUGGCACAGAUAGCAGCAAUCCACAAUACUUUACUUGCAGUGUCGACAGCAGGUUCACCAACGUCACUCUUAUUUCCACCCGAAACGCAAUCAAGAUCGUCGCUGGUCAGCCUAUAGACAUGGAUAAGAAUGGGACAUUCCAUGCCGAUUGGCCGCGAAUUGCGCUUACAGCGGAUUGGGCAAAAUAUCUGACACCGGUAAUUCCUGGCACGAAUGAAACGAUCCUAUCCCCUAUCACCUCAAUGGCUGGCAUCUUCAACAGUCCCACUCCCUCAGCCUCAUACUAUCACGAUAUUAUAGUGGAGAACAUUCUCGCUACGCUGAUCACCAAUGGCAUCGGCCGGUCUGCGUACAAUCACAGUAUCAUUAUGAAUCUGAAAGGCGCCGUCGAUCAAAGCGACCUGUGGGAUGGAGGCGACUGGAUAUACGACAUCAUCCCCAAGGGUGGAAACAUGGGCAAGGGACGAAAUGCUUUCAAUGUGUCGGCCGCCGUGCGCAACCAAUCUACCGAAUUGGCUAUGACGGCCUACGUGAAUGGCUACGCAUACAGCGCAGCAGGAAUCACAUCCGUACUGGAGAUGGUCGUGCUUGCGAUUUAUAUAGCAGUAGCUAUUGCUCAUGUCUGCUAUUCGAUCUACAGCGGACUCUCCUCGAGCAGUUGGGGUUCCGCGCCAGAAAUCGCAGUGCUUGCGUGGAACUCGGUACCCACGGAGAAGAUGGCUAAUACAGGAGCUGGUAUAUCGACCGUCGACAUAUACAAGCACAACAUUCGAGUCAUGCACCGGGGCAACAAACUGGAAAUUGUAACCCGGGAUAACGAGGAAAGCCCGGAGAAGGGAAACCAGCCGUUUCAGCAAGCUACGACAAAUGUUGACGACGUACACACGGGUUCUGAUUCGGAUAGAACAGAUGAGGACAUGGAACCCGUUGAAGAAAACCAGGCCUAUUGUUGA